AACCAUUUUGCGUGCAUAUAGAGUUCAGAUCAAGACCAUUCCACUUUCGAGAUGAAGGAUUUUCAAGGAAAGGUGGCUCUUGUGACCGGGGGUGCCGUUGGUUUCGGAAGAGCCAUUGAGACACUCCUGCUCGACAAGGGCUGCAAGGUUGCAAUCCUGGAUCUGGACGUGGAGCAAGGACGAAAAACGGAAGCCGAAUUCCAGGGCAAGUACGGGAAGGAAUACUGCGUUUUUUACAGGUGUGACGUCACUGACGACCAAGAGUUCGAAGACUGCUUCGUGAGGACAAGAGCAAAGUUCGGCGGUCUCGACAUCGUUGUCAAUAAUGCAGGUGUAGCGGGGGAAGCGAAAUGGAAGAAGAUAUUUGCCAUCAAUACCGUGGCCGCAUUCUGUGGAACCCUGCUCGGAUUGAAAUACAUGGGCAAAGACAACGGUCACAAGGGUGGUCACAUCAUCAACGUUGCAUCCCGUGCAGGUCUACAGAUUCAGACAGUAAUUCCUGCCUACAAUGCUUCCAAGUUCGCUGUGGUCGCCAUGACGCGUUCUUUUGGCACUGACCUCCACUACAACCGUCACGGAGUGAAGGUGAACUGCAUCUGCCCGGAGCCCAUGAAUACGCCCAUGUGGUGGGGAAUUUCGGAAUUCUGCAAAACCAAGAACGAUACGGUGGAAUUUGCUCAAGGCUACGAGAAUCGUGUCCAGCGCGUCGAGGACGUGGCCCAAGGAGUGCUGAAGCUGCUCGAAGACGAAAAGAACGGCACCGCUUUGACGGCAUUUCACGGCCGCGACCUCGAAUACUACCAAUUCCAGGAGUAGGCGGGAGUGUCAUCAUGAGACGUCUAAAAUCAACGCCGCGCAAUUUUUUUUUUUUUUUUUGAUGUUUACGAACCCGAAAGUGGUUUGAUGCUGAAAUUCGUUUUUCUUUCUUUUCCUGCAUGCCUUCCUAGCCUAUUGUACUAAUAAAACUGAUGAUGACUGCU